CAGCCUGAAUCCAACAUGGAGUAAAGAGGAGAUGGGGCUCGUCCGGGGCCAUCCUCACCGACAUCAGCGCACCGUUCUCGGUCACUGCAUUCCAGUGCUCCCCGGCUUGGAAGGAGGAGGAGGAAGAGGAGGAGGAGGAGAGAGAAAAAGAAGAAGAAGAAGAGGCGUAGGAGGAGGAGGAGGUGGAGGAGACUGGAUGCACCUCUUCAGAUGCGCUCCAGUUACUGAGGAUUGAAAGGAGAGAACGAAGAAGAAGCGGAGGAGGAGGAGGAGGAGGAGGAGGAAGCGGCAGAGACAGGAGACAGAUCCGUGAAUACAUAACACACACCGGGAUUAAAGCAGGAGGACCGGAGGAGGACCGGAGGACCGGAGCCGCCGCUGAAGGACGUGGAAACAUGCAGACUCCGCACUGUGCAGCCGCGGCGGGAGCGCAUCGGUACCGGAGGUGAAACGGAAAAAUGAGCGAGAACACGCGCCCAGACGAUGAUAGCUACAUCGUGUGCGUCAAAGCGGUGGUAAUGACCCGGGACGACUCGAGCGGCGGCUGGUUGGCGCAGGACGGUUGCCUUAGCAGAGUGGGCGUGUGCAAACUACUGCCGACCGAACUGCUGGGACGCAACACCUUCCUCAUCCAUGGAGAACGGCUCAAGGACAAACAGGUGAUUCUGGAGUGCUUCUUAAAAAAGGACCUGGUCUACACUAAAGCCACACCCACGUUUCACCACUGGAAGGUGGACAACAAAAAGUGUGGUCUGACCUUCCAGAGCCCGGCUGAUGCUCGAGCUUUUGACCGCGGAGUGAGGAAAGCCCUCGAAGACCUGACAGAAGGAUCGACCACCUCCUCAUCGACGCUGCAGAAUGAGGCGGAGCUCGGCGAUGACGAUGUGUUCACGACUGCCACCGACAGCUCAUCCAACUCCUCCCAGAAGAAGGACCCACCCAUGCACUCACUGGCUCCACCUAACUUUUGUGAGCAUCGUCGGCACCACUGCAUCCUGGGACAUUUCUAUGAGCAACACCGGCCAUCAGACCACUACUUUCUGGACCAGGCAGUGCACAUGUUCCCUCGUCACGUCACCUUCCAGGUGGAGGAGGAGGAGAUCGUACGCAUCAACCCCCGUGAGCGAACUUGGCUUACGGGCUACGAGGACUACCGUCAUGCCAACGCCACACGUGACAAACUGACGCAGCUAAACAACCCCAAUGCCUACGUCCACUUCACCAAGAGUGAACCACCCAAACACGACUACACCUACCCAUACCCGCUCAGCUGCGAGGUGCAACGAGGCUGCGACAGUAAACCUGGCUGCCUGGAGCUGGGCGUUGGCCAUCGAGCGGUGGUGACGAUGCAGCCGCGAGCCCUGCAGCCCAAAACCAAGAGGCGGAAGGAGGACGGAGAACGCUCACGCUGCAUCUACUGUCAGGACAUGUUUAACCACGAGGACAACGGGCGGGGUCGCUGCCAAGAAGCACCAGACCCCAUUCAGACCUGCAUCCGUCGGGUCAGCUUCAUGUGGUGCGCCGACAGCCUGCUGUACCACUGCAUGUCGGACCCAGAGGGGGAUUACUCGGACCCGUGCUCCUGUGACACCAGCGACGAGCGCUUCUGCCUCCGCUGGUCGGCGCUGGUGGGCCUGUCGCUACUGGCGCCAUGCAUGUGCUGCUACGCCCCCUUGAGGGCGUGUUAUCGCUGCGGUGUGGCGUGCCACUGCUGCGGCGGCAGACACAAAGCUGUGGGCUGAGGCGUUGCAAACGGAGACCGCUGUGAUUUAACUGUUGUUUCGUCUUAUCUCUUUAGAUUCCAGAGGGAAUGAAAAUGAAACUUAGGCCCAAUCCCAGUUCAUCCCUUGGCCCUU